AGGAGCCGCUGGCGGCCGAGCCGGGCCGUCGCGCCGGCGCCGCUGGGAGAGGCCGGCGCGAAGGGGAAGGGGCCGGCGGCUGCGGCGGCCAAUGCGAAACUGGCUGGUGCUGCUGUGCCCCUGUGUGGUCGGGGUCGCGCUGCACCUCUGGCUGCUGCUGAGCUGCCCCGGGAGCCACCCGGCAGGUCCGCUGUCCCUCUUUCCUCAAUGGAAGCUGAAGCACUAUGAUGUUGUUGUGGGGGUUUUGUCAGCUCGACACAAUCACGAGCUCCGCAGGGUUAUAAGGAGCACUUGGUUCAAGCACCUGAAGGAACAUCCUGCCCUGAGCCAACGUGUCCUUGUGAAGUUUAUAAUAGGUGCGCAUGGUUGUGCUGUGCCAGUGAAGGACAGAGAAGACCCCUACUCCUGCAAACUUCUGAACAUCAGCAACCCAGUUUUGAAUCAGGAAAUUGAAGCUUUCAGUCUCCCUGAGGACAUUCCUUCUGUGCUGUCUGAAGACAGAAUUGUCAGUGUGAACUUCCGUGUGCUUUACCCCAUUGUCAUCACCAGCCUGGGGGUAUUUUAUGAGGCUGAUGGGGUGGGAUUCCAGAGGAACAUCACUGUAAAGCUCUACCAGGCAGAACAUGAGGAAGCCAUCUUCAGUGCUCGCUUUAGUCCGCCCAGCUGUGGAGUGCAGGUGAACAGAUUGUGGUACAAGCCAGUAGAGCAGUUCAUUUUGCCAGAGAGUUUUGAAGGUACCAUUGUGUGGGAGAGCCAGGAUCUUCAGGGCUUGGUUUCAAGAAACCUUCAUAAAGUGAUGGUGAAUGAUGGAGGAGGUGUUUUCAGAGUCAUUACAGCAGGGGAAGGGUCACUGCCACAUGAACUCACAGAAGGAGUGGAGGGAAUAGCAGGUGGUUUUAUCUACACUAUUCAAGAAGGUGAUGCUCUUUUAAAAAGCCUCCAUACUCGCCCAGAAAGGUUUGCAAGUCACAUAAAAAACCUUGAGAAGGAAGAUGCUUUAUUGAAGGAAGAAAGCAGCAUGUAUGAUGACAUUGUUUUUGUAGAUGUGAUUGACACUUACAGAAACGUUCCCUCCAAACUGCUGAACUUCUACCGAUGGACAGUGGAAUCAACGAGUUUUGACUUGUUGCUGAAGACGGAUGAUGACUGUUACAUUGAUUUGGAAGGUGUUUUUAACAGGAUAAAGCAGAAAAAAUUGGACAGGCCAAACAUUUGGUGGGGAAAUUUCAGACUAAAUUGGGCAGUUGAUCGAACUGGGAAGUGGCAAGAACUGGAGUAUCCAAGUCCUGCAUAUCCAGCCUUUGCUUGUGGGUCUGGCUAUGUCAUCUCCAAAGACAUUGUGCAGUGGCUGGCAAGCAACUCUGAAAGGUUAAAAACGUACCAGGGUGAAGAUGUGAGCAUGGGUAUCUGGAUGGCAGCUGUAGGACCCAAGCGGUAUCAAGAUGGUCUCUGGUUGUGUGAGAAGACAUGUGAGAGUGGAAUGCUGUCUUCCCCCCAGUACUCGCCCCAGGAGCUGGGAGAGCUCUGGAGAUUAAAGGAACUGUGUGGAGAUCCAUGUAGAUGUGAGGAAAGAUGAUGGACUUGCCUUGGAAAACAGGGUAGUGUAUAAUGAUCAUGGAAAGGUGUACAUUUGGAUUCAUUCCUGGAACAAUAAGAAAUACUAAGGUACCUUUUAAUGCUGGGUUUCAACUAAAGUAUAACAAUAUUUGCACAUCCCUUUUGAUAAUUACAAGUGGACUGAUACUAUUCAUUUUCUAUAGUAUAGAUAUUGAUCAGACAAAAACCAAAAUGUUAAAGAUUAAAAAAAAAUCCUUUUUAUAUAAAGUCAAAGACCUACUUGUAAUUAAUAAAUGCACAUAAGAAUGCCAAC